CUACAAAAAAGUAAAUAAAAUUUUCCGAAAAUCUUAAAACUUAAAAAUAAAAUUAAUUAAGUAGAUACAUGAAUAUUCAGUCAUCUAGUGUGAUAGAACAGCUAUAGAAUGUUAUUCUGUCCGUGCAAGUUAUUAAGUCUAGUGUACAUAGGCAUAUUUAUUGGAAGUUUUCUAAUUUUCGGACUAAUUUUCAUCGUCAUCAUUUUAAAACAAAUUAUCAGUAAGUCCAAAAAUAAGCGACUUGCUGAGUCUUCACAGCAAUGUGUUGGCAUUUUCCACUUAUAUUGUAAUGCUGGCGGUGGAGGAGAAAGAGUUUUGUGGUGUGCAAUUCGUGCUUUACAGAAUAAAUAUGAAGGCGCGAGGAUUCUACUAUACACAGGAGAUACAGACGUGACUCCAAAGCAAAUACUAUCAAAAUGUCGUAAUAAUUUUAAUAUAAUUAUAGAUCCAGACAGACUAGAAUUUAUCUUCUUAAAUCAAAGAAAAUGGGUUGAAGCUGAGAAAUAUCCAGUAUUUACGUUAUUAGGACAAAGCAUAGGAUCAAUGAUUGUUGGAUUUGAGGCUUUAUUAAAGUUCCAGCCUGAUAUUUUUAUGGAUACAAUGGGAUAUGCCUUUACAUACCCAAUUUUCAAAUAUCUUGGUGGAUCUAAAAUUGCAUGCUAUACGCACUAUCCAACAAUUAGCACUGACAUGCUGAGACGUGUAGCUAGUCGAAAAACAGCAUUUAAUAAUAAAGGUCAUGUUGCAAAGAAUCCAUUUUUUACAUGGGCUAAAUUGUCAUAUUACAGAAUUUAUGCAUCAUUUUAUGGCAUGGUUGGCAGAUGCUCAAAUACAGUCAUGGUCAAUUCAACAUGGACAGAAAAUCAUGUUAAUCACAUAUGGAAUAUUCCAUUAAGAACUCAUCGAGUCUAUCCACCAUGUGAAGUGAAUCAUUUAAAGGAUAUUCAGCAUGUACCAAACAGCGAUGGAAAUAUUUAUAUAUUGUCUGUUGGACAGUAUCGUCCUGAAAAGGAUCAUCCUUUAAUCCUGCAAAGUUUAUAUGAAUUAAGGACAUACUUGCAGACUGAUGAAGCACUUUGGGAUAGAGUCCGGCUUAUUUUUGUCGGUUCCUGUAGAAAUGACGAAGAUUCUGAGCGAGUUAAGAAUCUAAGAGAUUUUAGCAAGCAUUUAGCACUUGACGAUCAUGUUGAAUUUAAAGUCAAUGCCUCAUACCAGGAACUAAUUCAGUGUUACCAAAAAUCCUUAGUUGGAAUUCAUGCAAUGUGGAAUGAACAUUUCGGUAUUAGUGUUGUAGAACUAAUGGCUGCUGGACUUAUUAUGAUUGCAAAUCGUUCAGGCGGUCCAAAAACGGAUAUUAUUGAGACAUCUGAAGGCAGUCAGACUGGAUUCCUUGCUGAGGAUCCAGAGGACUAUGCGAGAUGUCUAGCGACUGUGCUUUACAAUACAAAUGAGCAAAAUGAGAAGAUUAGGAAGGCUGCAAGAGCAUCUGUGGAUCGAUUUUCCGAGAAGGAAUUUGAGGAUGACUUUUUGAGAAUCGUGGCUCCAUUGUUCGACUAACCUAAGGCCACAAAAAAGAAAUUAAAAGUGUGAAAUUUGAUAUUCCAGUUUUUGUAGCAUUAAGAGUACUGUAACAUUACUAGAAUUGAGUUAUUUCCUUUAAUUCUAUUUCUUAGGAUUGCAAAUUGUUACUUCAGCUUUUUUCUAGAAUGAAAUAAUAAAUUAAAUACU